AUGUAUCAACAUCCUGAUAUGAUGACUCCAUGUGUUGAUCCUCAGGGCCAACCCCUUGAUCCUAGCAAAAUUCAGGAUCACUUCGAGCUUGAUUUAGCUGUGUUUGCAUAUUAUGCUAUUCGGCUGAUGACAUCAGAGUUUUUGGUGGGAAAACUAGCGAUGGGUUCGAUUGAUAUCCAGAGGCAAGCGGCGUAUGAGUUGAGAUUGCUAGCGAAAACCGGGAUGGAUAACUGGAGGUUAAUUUCAGAGGCAGGAGCGAUUCCUCUUUUGGUAACAUUACUUUCAUCGCAUGAUCCGAGAAUUCAAGAGCAUGCAGUCACUACACUUCUAAACCUUUCGAUAUUUGAAAACAAUAAGGUUUUGAUAGUGGCGGCAGAAGUGAUAGACAAUAUAGUAGACGUAUUGGGUUCGGGUAGAACAAUGGAGGCAAGAGAAAAUGUAGCAACGACUCUAUUUAGCUUAUCGCUAAUUGAUGACUAUAAAGUGGUUAUCGGUAGUCGUCCCAAAUCUAUUCCUAAUUUUAUUGGGUUGUUGAAAGAUGGAACUACAACAGGGAAAAGAGACGCAUCAACUGCAUUGAUUAAUCUUGCAGUUUACAGUGAGCAGGUUGAAGAACAUAUCAAUGGUAAUUCAAAAAAUUGGGUUGCUUUAAUCGUGCAAGAGCUGAAAAUCAAUCAAGCAUCUCAAUGCCCUCACAUUGUUGUCUGUUAUCACUCUUUCUACCAUAAUGGAGCCAUCUCUUUGGUUUUUGAAUACAUGGAUCGUGGAUCUUUUACUGAUGUGAUCAGACAACUCAAGACCAUUCUUGAACCAUAUCUUGUUGUUCUUUGCAAACAG